AAAUCAGUCCCAACUCUCGGCCGAACAGGAUCCCUCCGUUUCCGUGCGAAGAAGAGAGAGGGAGGCGGGGAAGGCUGCUGCUGCUGCUUUCGGGGGGGACCCACCUCAAGGAUUGAGGCCAUUCUGGCGGAAGGGUGGUGUGCAGUGGGGGCAUCGGUGGGGUUUAACAAUGGUGAGGUUUCUGGUGAGCUCCUGCUGCGCCCUGGCUGCGUCGGUGCUGCUCCAUCCCCGGAUCGGAUCACGGUGAGGAAAAAAUGAGCGAAGAGACGGCGAAUUCUAACAACGAUAAUAGUUAUGCCCGUGUGCGAGCUGUGGUGAUGACCCGUGAUGACUCAAGCGGUGGAUGGUUACCACUUGGAGGGGGUGGACUAAGCUAUGUCACCGUUUUCAAAGUCAUUCACCAGGAAGAAAAUGGCUGUGCUGAUUUUCUUAUACAUGGGGAGCGUCUCAGGGAUAAAACGGUGGUUUUGGAGUGUACGUUGAAGAAGGACCUUAUUUACAAUAAGGUUACGCCAACUUUUCACCACUGGAAAAUAGAUGACAAAAAAUUUGGCCUGACAUUUCAGAGUCCUGCUGAUGCAAGAGCAUUUGAUAGAGGCAUUCGUAGGGCGGUAGAAGAUCUUUCCCAAGGUUGUCUGACAUCACAUGAUGAAAUUGAAGUACCUGUAGAUGGCUUUCCAGCUAUUCCAGAAAGCAUACCGAGUUUGCUAAUGAAAGAUCAUCUUUUCCAACAUGAACCUGGAGUGAGCAAUGAUUCUUACAAAAGCUUAAGUAUAAGACCCUCAACCUUUGAAGAUUUCAGCUCAAGAAGACCAUUUUUCCACAACCAAUCCAACCAGAUACCCCUGAAGCCAGUCAGGAAUGUCAGUUUUCAGGACGACGAAGAAAUUGUUCGAAUAAACCCUCGCGACAUUUUAAUACGCCGCUAUGCAGACUAUAGGCACCCAGACAUGUGGAAAAAUGACUUGGAUAGGGAUGAAGGCGACGCCUCGCUGCAGUGUCCCAAGGCAGACAGUAAAAAACCAGACUAUCUUUACCCUUCCGGGGACGGAACUAAGUUGAAUUCGCUAAAAGAUUCAAAGUGUUCUGUGGUACUUAAAACGCAACCUUCCUCGUUCAAAUUGAAAAAGUCGAAAAGGAGGAAAGAGGACGGAGAACGCUCUCGCUGCAUAUACUGCCAGGAAAGGUUUAAUCACGAAGAGAACGGCCGGGGCAAGUGCCAGGAUGCUCCAGAUCCCAUCAAGAGAUGCAUCUACCAAGUUAGCUGCAUGCUUUGUGCUGAGAGCAUGCUCUACCAUUGUAUGUCAGACUCCGAGGGGGAUUUCUCUGACCCCUGCUCUUGUGACACUAGCGAUGACAAGUUCUGCUUGCGAUGGCUCGCCCUUGUCACAUUGUCCUUCAUUGCGCCGUGUAUGUGCUGCUACCUCCCCUUAAGAGCAUGCCACCAUUGUGGUGAGAUCUGUGGGUGCUGCGGAGGGAAGCACAAAGCUGCGGGGUGAACCAGUCCAGUGCCAAGUGUGGGCUAACACGUCUUUAUUUUCAGGAAGUAUCUAACUCGUGGAAGCAUUUGGCAAGCAGAAGGGAAACCUGUCGUGUAUGAGAGGUCAAUUCUGAAAGAAGCAUCAGAACUUGUUGCAUUGUAGGAAUGCUGGCCACGCCGAAUGAUCUGCUUUUAAGUGCAUGGUGCAAGUUGUGUCGGGAGCUCUUGCGAAAGGAAAACCUUUUCUUACGAUUGGUGGUUGAAAUAAGUAUAAACUGCAGUCCGUACUAUAAGGGAUCAACUUCAGCAAUUUGUACAUAUUGAGGUUAGGUGGUGGGGGCUGUUUGAAAGAAUCUAUUUAGCAGAAAAUUUAACUAAACCUGCAGUAGCGAGAGCUGAUUUAAAACUAAGGAAAGUUUAAAACUUGGCGACUGCAAGAAACUAAAUUGAUUUUAAAUGCAACUAAAUUGCUUAUAAAUAGUUUUUUGGAAACAACUUUAUGUACAAAUAACAAAUGUUUAUAUUUAACAAAAUAUAUGGUACGAAUUAUUAAAUCUUCCUUCCCCUUUCCAAUUGCAACA